UACAGUGCACAAAUGAAAUGAAUGUGAAUAUUCCGCAGUUGGCAGACACACUCUUUGAGAGAACUGCAAACAGUAGCUGGGUUGUAGUGUUCAAAGCUCUAAUUACAACACACCACCUCAUGAUGUAUGGCAACGAGCGCUUUAUCCAGUAUCUUGCAUCCCGAAACACUUUGUUCAAUUUAAAUAACUACCUGGACAAAAGUGCCAUGCAGGGCUAUGAUAUGUCUACCUUCAUUAGGCGAUAUAGCAGAUACUUGAAUGAAAAAGCACUUUCAUAUAGACUUGUAGCAGUUGACUUCACCAAAAUGAAGAGAGGGCUGGACGGAGUGAUGAGAACCAUGAAUGCUGAAAAGCUUCUGAAAACCCUUCCAAUCAUACAGAACCAGCUUGACGCACUCCUUGAUUUUGAUGCAAAUCCAAAUGAACUAACAAAUGGUGUUAUAAAUGCUGCCUUCAUGCUCCUCUUUAAAGAUUCCAUUAGACUUUUUGCAGCAUACAAUGAGGGAAUUAUUAACCUUUUAGAAAGAUAUUUUGAUAUGAAGAAGAACCAGUGCAAAGAAGGCUUGGAUAUUUACAAAAAAUUUCUAGCCAGAAUGACCAAAUUGUCCGAAUUCCUCAAAGUAGCAGAGCAAGUUGGAAUUGAUCAGGGUGACAUUCCAGAUCUUACUCAGGCACCCAGCAGCUUGCUUGAAGCACUGGAACAGCAUUUGGCUUCUGUGGAGGGAAAGAAAACAAAAGAAGUCUCCGCUGCCAGCAGAGCCAGUGCCCUAUCCAGUGCUGUUUCCACACUUGCCAAUACAGGAAUGUCAUUUAGCAGGAUGGAUGAGAAAGAAAAGCAGCAGGCAUUGGAGGAGGAACAAGCUAGACUGCAGGCGCUUAAGGAGCAGCGAUUAAGAGAGAUUUCUGUAGUAUCAAAUUCCACUUCCACAUCAGCAUCCCCAAGCACCUUAUCAGGAAAAAGUGUGAAUACCACUGUAGCUGUUGACCUCUUUGCAGUACCAGCACCCACAACGAAUAGCAUGCCCAACCUUUCUAGUGACCUUUUUGAUCUUCAGCCUGCAUUUGUUCCAACUGUGCAGAGCACUCCAGCUAUAUCAACAUCAGCAAGCAGUGCUUGGGGAGGUCCUUUCUCGUCCUCAAAUGGUUGUGUUGGUUCUCCACCUCAUCUGGACAUCUUUGACAUGAAGCCAGUUGAAGAAGCUGUAAAAUCUACCACCCCUUUCAUCAAUUCUACUUUUUCCUCCAAACAAACGGUGGAACUGUUUAGUGAUGACUUUAGUGGUCAUAAACCUACAUAUGCUUCUGUGUAUCAUCCUCUGACUGUUGAUGGUUUUCCUCUUCAUUCAGCUCCUCCAAGUACCACCUCUUCAACGAUUAAUGUGGACUUUGAUGCUGUUUUUGGAGGAAAAUCUACAGCACCAGAGUACAAGGCUACAAGUGAUGAUGUAUUGCAACCCACGGUACCACCACAAAGUCAAAGAACCACUUCAGCCAACCAGCAAAGUGGAAAAAUUUUGGCAAAUGACCUUGAUUCUUCACUUGCUAAUCUAGUGGGAAAUCUCGGCUUUGGAGGAACUCCAUCCAAAAAAUCAGAUAUGCAGUGGACCCAGCCUACAGAGAAGAAACUUACUGGUGGAACAAACUGGCAAGCAAAAACAAGCACAUCGACCACAUGGAACCCUACUCCUUUACCCACUAUUCCACAUAUGGUACCUGCUCCUAUUGCAUACCCAUUGACCACACCUCAAGUGCCUAUAUAUGGAAUGGUACCUCCUCAGAUUGGAGCUGCUCCUUUGAUGGCACCCCAGUCAAUGAUGUAUACACAGCCUGGUCUAAGGCCAACAAAUCCUUUUGCACCUGUUUCUGAAACUCAGAUACAGUUUAUGUAGAGCCGCCAAAGCAGCAGGAUGUGAGAACAACCAAAUACUGGUAAAAAAAAAGACUGAAUUUCAAUCUUUCCAUGAUGUAUUCCUGAACAGGGCAACUGUUUCGUCCCUGUAUAAUACAAUAUUAUUUUCAAUUGCAAUGCUUUAGAGAUUCUUGUUUAUAACAGUCACUGCAGUGUGAAGUCAUGUUUGUUCACUGAUUUUUUUUAUUUUUUUUUUUUAAAAACUGCUCAGCAGAAAACUGAUUUUAUUGAGGUUGAUUCAGAAGGUGCAAGCUGGAUUAUCAUCUUCAAAGCUGAGAAGAGGGGGUUACAUGAUUGCUCUACAACCUUAUUCAUCAGUGGAUUACCUUAGGAAGUUAACUGAGGAGGUCAAAGCUAUUUAUUUUCUCCAUAAAUUCUGUGGCUGUUGUAACCAAGACACAACACAAAUGAAGUUGAGCAAUAAAAUUUUUAUGUGCUCUAAUAAAUACUCUGAUAGAGCAAUGCUUGCAUUAUCGUAAGGCCAAUAUUGUGUGAAAUCAGACAGCUUUUUUACAUUAGAAUAGCUUAUAGUAAUUUGCAAAUGUUAUAAUGUGAGUUUGAAAUGCUGUGAAUCAACAAGAUACAUACACAUUACGUGUAUAUAUAUAAAUAUAUAGUAAAAAUAAUAAAUUGCUCCGUUGGUAUGUCAGUGUUACAUGGCUAGUUGAAAGAGCC